AUGAUCUAUCCGGACUGCGCUGGAGCUUUCAUGCUGGAUGCAACUGUUGCGUCUAUUGACAUCCGUACCAACAAUGUUCAAGGCAACACGAUAUCCAAAGACGGUCUUUUUCGCUAUACGAACGGACGAUUCCUUAACGACGAGCCGUCCCAGCUUUCGAAACGCUACGUUCGUUUCGAUGUCGAGAAAUUAUGUGACGUAAUUGCAAAUCUCCCUGGGACCCAAAAGUCGCCUGUUACGCGAAUAAGCAAAAUGGAGGGUGGUUUUAGCAAAGCAUUACUCAUUACAACUGAAGAUACAUCGGAAUAUAUUGCCAAAAUACCGUGCCCAAAUGCUGGAAGUCCUAUGUAUUGUACCGCAUCAGAAGUCGCUGUGCUUGGAUUUAUACGAGAUCGCACGACAAUCCCUGUUCCCAAGGUCCUGGCCUGGAGCUCUGAUGCAUCGAAUGCGGUGGGGGCAGAAUAUAUUAUAAUGGAAAAAGUCCCCGGUGUUCAGAUGUUCCAGAAGAACUUUCUCAAAUCCGGUUCCCGGCAUAAUGGCAGUCUUUACUACAGAAUUUCUCUCAAUGAGAAUGAGAUGAUAUUAUUGGACUCAUCCAUUGAUCCGGACGGGGAGUUCUGUAUCGGGCCUUCUUGCGAUCCUUCCUGGCUUCUCCAGCCUCACCAGACCCUCUCAGAUGUGAAAAUUGGCCCUUGGAAGACGCUAUGCGAUAUGGGCGAGUCUUUAAUUGACCGCUCAUUCAUCAAAGUUUCGUCAACACCCAAAUACACGGCUCCUGCCAUUCCUAUAUGGGUCCACAGAAGAUCAUUACUCUCUACUUCGCAUGGCAAAGAAAGCUUUGCCGACUAUAACCAAUAG